GAUCCGCGGGUCCCGGGGUCCGCGCCGGCCGGUCACCAUGAGCGAGGAGAGCCGCGGGGACGGCCGCGCCGAGAGCGCCAAGGACGUGGAGAAGCAGCUCCGCCUGCGCGUGUGUGUGCUCAGCGAGCUGCAGAAGACCGAGCGCGACUACGUGGGCACCUUGGAGUUCCUGGUGUCGGCAUUCUUACAUCGAAUGAAUCAGUGUGCAGCAGCAAAAGUUGACAAAAAUGUAACAGAGGAAACAGUGAAGAUGUUGUUCUCGAACAUUGAAGAAAUCCUUGCUGUACAUAAAGAAUUCUUAAAAGUUGUAGAAGAAUGCUUACAGCCCGAACCUAAUGCUCAACAGGAAGUGGGAACCUGCUUUCUCCAUUUUAAGGACAAGUUUCGUAUCUAUGAUGAAUAUUGUAGUAACCACGAGAAGGCACAAAAAUUGCUUCUUGAACUGAACAAAAUAAGAACAAUCCGGACAUUUCUUUUGAACUGCAUGUUGCUUGGCGGACGAAAGAACACAGAUGUUCCCCUGGAAGGAUAUUUAGUAACACCAAUACAAAGGAUAUGCAAGUAUCCUCUCCUUUUGAAGGAGUUGCUGAAGCGGACUCCAAGGAAGCACAGUGAUUAUGGGGCAGUGAAUGAAGCUCUCCAAGCCAUGAAAGCUGUCUGCUCCAAUAUCAACGAGGCCAAGAGACAGAUGGAGAAGCUGGAAGUUCUAGAGGAAUGGCAGUCUCACAUUGAAGGCUGGGAGGGCUCCAACAUUACUGACACCUGCACUGAAAUGCUGAUGUGUGGAGUCCUACUGAAAAUCUCUUCUGGAAAUAUUCAAGAACGAGUGUUUUUUCUUUUCGAUAACCUUUUGGUGUACUGCAAAAGAAAGCACAGACGGUUGAAGAACAGUAAAACAUCCACAGAUGGACAUAGGUACCUUUUUCGUGGCCGAAUCAAUACUGAAGUGAUGGAAGUGGAGAAUGUGGAUGAUGGCACAGCUGACUUUCACAGUAGUGGGCACAUUGUUGUUAAUGGAUGGAAGAUACAUAACACAGCAAAAAAUAAAUGGUUUGUUUGCAUGGCAAAGACACCUGAAGAAAAGCACGAAUGGUUGGAAGCCAUUUUGAAAGAAAGAGAGCGACGAAAAGAUUUAAAAUUAGGAAUGGAGCAAGACACCUGGGUGAUGAUCUCUGAACAGGGUGAGAAACUUUAUAAAAUGAUGUGCAAACAAGGGAAUCUGAUCAAAGACAGAAAAAGGAAACUGACUACGUUCCCUAAAUGUUUUCUUGGAAGUGAAUUUGUGUCAUGGCUGUUGGAAAUUGGAGAGAUUCAUAGGCCUGAAGAAGGUGUUCACUUGGGACAAGCAUUAUUAGAAAAUGGAAUCAUCCACCAUGUUACUGAUAAACAUCAGUUCAAGCCAGAGCAGAUGUUGUAUAGAUUUCGCUAUGAUGAUGGCACCUUUUACCCAAGGAAUGAGAUGCAGGAUGUGAUUUCAAAGGGUGUAAGAUUAUAUUGUCGUCUCCAUAGUCUAUUUACACCAGUGAUAAGAGAUAAAGAUUACCAUUUAAGGACCUAUAAAUCUGUGGUGAUGGCCAACAAAUUAAUAGACUGGUUAAUUGCACAGGGGGAUUGCCGCACCAGAGAAGAGGCAAUGAUAUUUGGUGUUGGACUGUGUGACAAUGGAUUUAUGCACCAUGUCCUUGAAAAAAGUGAGUUCAAAGAUGAGCCCCUGCUUUUCCGUUUUUUUGCGGAUGAGGAAAUGGAAGGAUCAAAUAUGAAACAUCGACUUAUGAAACAUGAUUUAAAAGUUGUGGAAAAUGUGAUAGCUAAAUCACUGUUGAUUAAGUCUAAUGAAGGCAGCUAUGGAUUUGGGCUAGAAGACAAAAAUAAAGUUCCCAUCAUCAAGUUGGUAGAAAAGGGAUCUAAUGCUGAGAUGGCUGGCAUGGAAGUUGGAAGGAAGAUUUUUGCUAUUAAUGGUGACCUUGUUUUUAUGAGACCUUUCAAUGAAGUGGACUGUUUCCUGAAGUCAUGCUUAAACAGCAGAAAGCCUCUAAGAGUUCUUGUGAGCACAAAGCCAAGGGAGACAGUGAAAAUUCCAGAUUCAGCCGAUGGACUUGGAUUCCAGAUUCGAGGAUUUGGCCCUUCUGUUGUGCAUGCAGUAGGAAGAGGAACUGUGGCUGCAGCAGCUGGCCUUCACCCUGGACAGUGUAUUAUCAAAGUAAAUGGGAUCAAUGUCAGCAAAGAGACACAUGCUAGUGUCAUUGCCCACGUGACAGCCUGCCGGAAAUACAGGCGACCAAUGAAGCAAGACUCCAUACAGUGGGUUUAUAACAGCAUUGAGAGUGCUCAAGAGGACCUCCAGAAGUCCAGUGCCAGGACCCCAGGGGAUGAAGCAGGGGAUGCUUUUGACUAUAAGGUAGAAGAGGUAAUCGACAAGUUCAAUACCAUGGCCAUCAUUGAUGGAAAGAAAGAGCACGUGAGCCUGACAGUGGACAAUGUCCACCUGGAGUAUGGGGUUGUGUAUGAGUAUGACAGCACUGCUGGGAUAAAGUGCAAUGUGGUGGAGAAGAUGAUCGAGCCUAAAGGUUUCUUCAGCUUAACUGCCAAGAUUCUUGAGGCCCUUGCUAAAAGUGAUGAUCAUUUUGUACAAAACUGCACCAGCCUUAAUUCUCUCAAUGAAGUGAUUCCAGCUGACCUACAGAGUAAAUUCAGUGCUGUGUGCAGUGGAAGAAUUGAACACAUAUGCCAGAGAAUAUCCAGUUAUAAAAAGUUCUCUCGAGUGUUAAAGAAUAGAGCCUGGCCCACCUUUAAACAGGCCAAAUCUAAAAUCUCUCCACUGCACAGCAGUGAUUUCUGCCCUACCAACUGCCAUGUCAAUGUGAUGGAAGUUUCUUAUCCCAAAACAUCAACUUCUCUGGGGAGUGCAUUUGGUGUUCAACUGGAUAAUAGGAAGCAUAAUUCUCAUGAUAAAGAAAAUAAAUCUGAGCAAGGGAAACUGAGCCCUAUGGUGUACAUUCAGCACACAAUUACUACCAUGGCAGCACCUUCUGGUCUAUCUCUGGGACAACAAGGAGGCCAUGGUCUCCGGUAUUUGUUGAAAGAAGAAGAUUUGGAAACACAAGAUAUCUAUCAGAAGCUUCUGGGAAAACUCCAUACUGCACUGAAAGAGGUGGAGUUAUGUGUUUGUCAAAUAGAUGAUCUUCUGUCUUCAAUAACAUAUUCUCCUAAAUUGGAGCGUAAGACCUCAGAAUGUGUAGUACCAACAGACAGCGACAAUGAGAAAGGAGAAAGAAACAGCAAACGAGUCUGUUUCAAUGUGGCAGGGGAUGAGCAAGAAGAUUCAGGCCAUGACACCAUCAGCAACAGAGAUUCCUACAGGUAA